UAAAAUACCAUCCGUACUUCUCUACAAUAGAUUCCUUUGUCUUCUUCAGUUCUAGUCUUUCUGCAAUUCCAAGCCAAACACUUGAAACCAGAUUGUUCCCUCUUCUUGUAAGGUCAGCCAGUUCAAUUUAUUUAUUUUUUUUUCAAAUUUCUAGUUUAAUUUUCGAUUCCCUGAAUCCAAAAACUGGAAAAUUUUUAGGUUUAGUUCUUAAUCAUGUACUUAAGAGAAGGCCGCUCCCUAUUGCUGAAAGUGAAGAAACCUUCAAUCCCAUUUAUUUUGAACACAAACCCAGUUUUAAACCCCGACAAAGAACCCCAAUCCGACCAAAACCAAACCCAACUCGAAGAAUCCCAGGUUCUCAGCACAUUAAAACAAGAACUCAACAUUUCUUUAGCUUUAAAUUACUUCAAAUCCAUAGCCAAUUCAAAUUCCUUCAAACACACACCACAAACAUACCAAUGCAUGAUCCAGAAGCUCGCACUAGAGUCCCAAAUCGAUGGUAUUCAAUAUCUUUUACAACAGAUGAAGUUAGAAAGGAUUAGCUGUAGUGAGGACUUGUUUGUGAUUGUGAUUGAUUCUUAUCACCAAAAGGGUUUAGUUGAACAAGCUUUGAAAAUGUUUUAUAGGAUUAAGGAAUUCGGUUGUGAGCCGACAGUUAAGAUUUAUAACCGUGUUUUGGAUGCAUUGCUGAGCGAGAAUCGGUUGUUGAUGAUUAAUCCGAUAUACGGUAAUAUGAAGCGAGAUGGUUUGGAGCCGAAUUUGCUUACUUAUAAUAUUCUUUUGAAAGCUUUGUGUAUGAAUGACAAGGUAGAUAGUGCUUGUAAGUUGUUGAAUGAAAUGGCAAGCGUGGGUUAUUCUCCGGAUGCUAUGAGCUACGCCACUAUAGUUUCUUCGAUGUGUAAGCUUGGUAAGCUUGAUGAAGCUAGGGGGCUUGUGAGGAGAUUUAGAUCGUAUGUGAGUGUUUAUAAUGCAUUGAUAAGUGGAUAUUGUGUAGAAUACAAGCUUAAGGAGGCGUUAGAUAUGUUUGAAGAAAUGUUGGUUGAAGGACUAGACCCUGAUGUUAGAUCGUAUUCAAUGAUUAUCAGUUCCCUUUCGAGUGUGAGAAACGUUGAGUUGUCACUUACGUUUUUUGCCAAGAUGUUUGUGAGAGGGUGCAGCCCUAAUAUCUACACGUUCUCUUCGUUGAUGAAGGGGUAUUUCAAGGCAGGAAGGGUUCAUGAAGCUUUUGACUUUUGGAACCGGAUGGUUCAAGAGGGAAUUGAAACAAAUACUGUUUUCUAUAACACUGUAAUACACGGUCUCUGCUCAAAUGGGAAGGUCGAUGAGGCUAUAUCUGUAUCCUAUCAGAUGGAGGAAAAUGGCUGGCCUCCAAAUGUAGUCUCAUAUAGCUCUCUUAUUAAUGGAUUCGCAAAGGUCGGUGAUUUGGCUGGUGCAUCUGAAACAUGGAAUAGAAUGAUGUCCAAUGGUUGUCAUCCCAACGUUGUAGCAUAUACAAGCAUGGUGGAUGUCCUUUGCCGGCAUUCUAUGUUUGACUGCGCUCAUUCUCUUAUAGAGAAGAUGGUGUUGGAAAACUGCACUCCGAGCACAGUCACUUUCAAUGCAUUUAUCAAAGGUUUAUGUAGUAACGGAAGAGUUGAUUGGGCAAUGAAAGCACUUGACGAAAUGAAGCAUUAUGGUUGCGUUCCUAACAUCAUAACAUAUAAUGAGCUGCUCGAUGGUCUAUUCAAAGUAAAUAGGCUAAAAGAGACGUUUGGGAUUAUGCGGGAGAUUGAAGAAAAAGGAAUUGAAUGGAAUUUAGUCACUGACAAUACCAUUUUGUCUGGAUUUUGUCAUGCCGGUAUGUUAGAGGAUGCUUUGCAACAUUUUGGGAAAAUGCUGGUUCGAGGUAUAAAACCUGAUGCGUUCACAUAUAACAUAAUAAUAUUUACCUACUGUAAGAAGGGUAAGGUGAAGAUCGCUGUCAAACUUUUGGAUCGUACUCGUGCUGGGGAUGAUUGGUGUCCGGACGUAAUUUCAUACACCAGUCUUAUAUGGGGCCUCUGUAAUUGGGUUGAUAUAGAAGUGGCUAUCAGUUACCUUAAUAAGAUGAUAAAUGAGGGGAUAUGUCCCAAUGUUGCAACAUGGCAUGUUUUAGUCCAAUGUUUGUUUAACAACUUAGGCCAUUUGGGACCCAUUCACAUUUUGGAUGAUAUUCUAGGUAGCAGAUGAGAAUGUGUUCGGCUAGGAUUCUUUUCGGGUCAAGGCGGAUACGUUGCGAACCGUUGAUGACAAUGUAAAAGAUACUCAUGUCGAGUGACUGAAAUGUACCUGUUGCCUAGCCUCGGGUGGUUAAUACAUUCGAUCAGAGAAGGCUGAACGUUGUGCAUUUUGAACCACAAAAUUCUUGCAGAUAAACAUCGGUCAGGUUUCUCAGCCUAACAAGCGAGUCCACUCGACUUGAACCGGCUCUGUCUCAUGGAAACCUUGUGAGAACCGGUAGUUUGAGUUUUUUCUUUCCAGAUAAUGGCAUUGGCAUUUCUGGCAUUGUACAGAUGCUUGCUGCGAGCGACACUGCAGCAGCUGCGACUUUAAAUUUCCGACUACUCUUAAUUUCGGUUUGUUCGAUUUAGGUGACAAAUUUAUGAGUUAUUUGAUUGCAAACAGUUUAUUAUAGUUUCACCACACACCUUUUACUCGCACGGUAAGAUUGUGCUCCAAAAUACAUGCACCGAGAACCACAACGGGAGGGCAUCGCUGUUCUUCUCGGAGAACAUUUCCUUCCACACUCGACUCUCCGAUGGUACGCUAAGACCUGCUUGUGUGAUGCCAAGAAAACAUAUUCACCGGUACGAGUGAUGGGGAAAAUGCCAUGUACAAGUCCCUUGAUGUUUGUAUAGUCUAUAUUGU